AUGUUCGAGUGCACCGGCUCUGACUCGUUUUCCCCUUCUGUGCCGCAACCAUACCCCUCUUCCUCCGUCUGCCUACUUCCAGUCCUCUUAACCUCGUUUACGAGCGCUAUGCUUGAAAAGCGUACAAACCGCAAACCACAGAUUUCUACUGGUACGACGAUUGAAACAUUGAAAUUGGGAAGUUUACUGGAUGCUUACGGUAUGAACAGGAUUUUGAAUCAAAUUUUUUUUGCUUCAACUCCAUCUUUGGACUACCACCCAGUAACGCGCUCGAAGCGACUCCGUUGGCUCAAGUUGAUCGUCAGUAUAUCUUUCUUUCAAGUCGACAAUGCCUGCCCUAACGGCCUUUCCGUUGCAGACAUGGCGGGCGGUUUUAACGAUGCCCAGCUCGACGACGGCAAUACCCUCUUGAAAAGCUCCACACGGCAUGCUAGGUCACUGCCCAUCUGA